ACACACAAACAAUAAUAUAUACCCAAUAAAAUACACACAUGUAUAGACACAGAUACAUACAGAGCUACAGUUAGUAGUAUACUUUGUUUAUAAAUAUGUGUACUUGAAGAGAAGAUGAAAAAAGUACUUCUUUUUUCUUGCUACUCAUUUACAAAGGUUCUCCUACUAUUAGUAGCUUCUGAACAUAAUAGCCAUUACAAGAAAUCUUUUUCCAGCUUUUGAGGCUUCUCUAGCCGCCUUUUGUUUGAGUCCACUGCCUUGAUCUUUCAUGCAAAAUAGUUUUUUAAGAAGAACAAAUGCUGCAUUUAAGUUGAUUGAUUCUUCAUAGAUUUGAUGCAGCUCUGCUUUUGCAUUAUUUCUGGUGAAAGCAUUUAAUUUUAAGCUUUUUUAAGCUUUAUCAAAUCUUGGAAUGAACAAUCUUCUUUAAAACUCUGCUUUUAUUCUAACCACCUCUCCUGUUUCUCAAAACUCAUCAAUCAAAAUCAAGAUCUGGGCUGCCUCAAGAAAGUGACUUCUCAAAUAAGAUCUGGUAGAGAAUUGUGUCAAGUUGAUAUCAGAGUCCAGAGACAAUGUUGGGUCAAAAGCAAGCAGAGGAGGCAAUUGUGUCCAACUUCACUGAAACAGAAACUGAAGGAAGAGGUGAUGAACACAGAGAACCAGAAGAUCAAUCUCUUUUCAGCGUCAAGAGCUUCCUCUGGCAUGGAGGUUCUGUUUGGGAUGCUUGGUUUAGUUGUGCUUCUAACCAAGUAGCUCAAGUGCUACUGACACUGCCAUACUCAUUCUCUCAACUGGGAAUGGUCUCAGGCAUACUGCUACAGAUAUUUUAUGGACUUGUUGGAAGCUGGACAGCCUAUCUUAUAAGUGUUCUUUACAUCGAGUAUCGAAGCAGAAAAGAGAAAGAAAAUGUCAAUUUCAAGAACCAUGUUAUUCAGUGGUUUGAAGUUCUUGAUGGAUUAUUGGGUCCAUACUGGAAAGCUCUUGGUUUAGCCUUUAACUGUACUUUCCUGCUCUUUGGAUCUGUCAUCCAGCUUAUAGCCUGUGCAAGUAAUAUAUACUACAUCAAUGACCAUUUGGACAAGAGGACAUGGACGUACAUAUUUGGAGCUUGCUGUGCAACAACUGUAUUUAUACCCUCCUUCCAUAACUACCGGAUUUGGUCUUUUCUUGGCCUUGGCAUGACAACUUAUACCGCGUGGUACAUGACCAUAGCAGCUCUUGCUCACGGCCAGGUCGAUAAUGUGCAACAUUCAGCACCGACAAAGCUAGUGCUGUAUUUUACAGGCGCCACCAAUAUACUAUACACAUUUGGUGGACAUGCUGUUACUGUUGAGAUCAUGCACGCAAUGUGGAAACCACAAAAAUUCAAAUACAUAUACUUAAUAGCCACAGUCUAUGUUUUCACAUUGACACUCCCGUCGGCUUCCACCGUGUACUGGGCUUUUGGUGAUGAGCUUCUCAACCACUCAAAUGCCUUCUCCCUUCUUCCCAAGACUCGCUGGCGCGACGCUGCUGUUAUCCUUAUGCUCAUUCAUCAGUUUAUAACAUUUGGAUUUGCAUGUACACCUCUGUACUUUGUGUGGGAGAAAGUUAUUGGAAUGCAUGACACUAAGAGCAUUUGCUUAAGGGCAUUAGCAAGAUUGCCAGUGGUGAUACCGAUCUGGUUUUUAGCUAUUAUAUUUCCAUUUUUCGGGCCCAUUAAUUCUGCAGUUGGGGCUCUCUUGGUUAGUUUUACUGUGUACAUCAUCCCUGCUUUAGCCCAUAUGCUCACCUACAGGAAAGCAUCUGCUAGACAGAAUGCGGCGGAGAAGCCUCCAAAGUUCCUACCAGGAUGGACGGCAAUGUUUGUGAUCAACACUUUCAUCGUGAUCUGGGUAUUAAUAGUAGGAUUUGGGUUCGGUGGAUGGGCAAGUGUGACGAACUUUGUGAGGCAAGUUGACACCUUUGGACUAUUUGCAAAGUGCUAUCAAUGCAAGCCUCCACCACCACCACAAAAACACUGAGUUAACUCACUUCAACUCAACAGAGUAUGACCAAACUCAUCAUGUUUCUGCAUAUUUUGUAAUAUAUACAUGGGAGGUAUCAAAUGCUUUCCCUACAUGUGUGCUGGAUUUCAUCCAUCUUUUAGUCUAUUUGACUUCUUUUUUCUUUUUUAAUUUAUUUACAUUUAUGAUAUUAGGUAAAGAAAUAGUGUGGUUGAGUUGUAAUGAUUCCUUUGUUACAAAAGCAUGAGCUAAAUCACUACGAUUAAAUUCAAUGGACUGUAUGUUUAGCUUUUCCA